AUGGCAUGUCGUGGCCAACGUUUUGUGCUGGAUCUCGACUCCGACAAUGACCAUCCUUCUUCGACCCUCGAUCCUCCUCCUGACCCUUCCUCCAUAUCCUUUCCCGGGAUGAUCGGCGAGAUCCGCGAACGAUCGACUACCGUUGCCCCCACGCCGCCGAAACCUCCCUCUACUGGAUUCCCUGCCCACCGCCGUCGCGCCAAACAGUCGGCGUUUAAACAACGACGAGAAGCCUCCUCCGCGGCUGCGAAAACCUCAACGAGCGCAUCUAGCCCCGCCGAUGAGAAAUCCACGAUCGGAGAAGAAAACAGUCGUCAUUUAGCAUCCAUGUCCGCGGCCCAGAUCCAAGCGGAACGCGAUGAGUUGAUAGCUUCCAUGGACUCGUCACUGUUGGAGAGGUUCCUCCGAAGGGCUCACAUCGACUCGGAAGACGAGAUAUCUACUUCUAUCCCCCGCCCGGGCCCGUCGUCAACCUUAUCUUCGCUGAACGGACCUCCAACUAAGGCAACUCCUCACCAUGAACCAGACUCACAGUCAACCGUCACUGGAUUCAAUCCCUCCGACAUUCAAGACAAGUCAAAUUCAAGCCAACAAGACGAUUUCCCCCCGACACAAGUCCCUGAAGAUCUCCAACCUGCGGCCGAGUUUCCCACCUGCGGGACCGUCCACUUCCCAACUCCGCCGUCGCAAUCGUCUCCCAUGCCCAACCUGGACCCCUCGUCUCCUUCAUUCCUUUCCGACCUUCAAGCACAUUACUUCCCGAAUAUUUCUCAUGAUCCGUCCGCUCUCUCUUGGCUCCAACCUGCCUCCACCGAGAAUGAAGCCCCUGACGCUUCCUCCCCCUAUCACCCCUCCAGCGACGCCCAAGCCGCACAUCCAUCUGCUCUUCGGUUUUCCCUCGUUGGAACCAUCCUGUCUCCAAAGACCUCCCUUUCUCUCCCAACCACCUUAGGCCUCCACCACCACGGCAACGACCCGCAUGCCGCCGGUUAUACGAUCCCCGAACUGGCCAUUCUCAGCCGGUCCUCGUUCCCCGCCCAGCGCUGUAUCGCCUGGCAAGUCCUGGGUCGCAUUCUCUUCCGUCUGGGAAAGGGGCAGUUCGGAGAUCGUGGCAGCGCGCUGGUCGAGGGAUUGUGGUCUGUCAUCGAACACGAGCGUGUGAUGGCUGGUAUGCUGGCUGAGGCGGACGGAGCGUCAUCAGGACACUCCUUCCGGACAGAAAAUGAGUCGAGAACGAGUCAGGGGUCAUCUGCAGCGAACACUGGCAUCGGCCGCCAUGCAAGUGCGUCGGCGUGGGCCGUGGAAGGAGUCUGGCUUUGGCAGACGGGUGGUGGUGGAGAUCGGGGGGUUCUGAAAGAGGGAGAAGUUCGAUCUCAGUAG